AUGGAAUCUCAAUUUAAUUACCACGGGGAUACUAAUACUGAUGUGGUGAUUCAAGUUGGAGAAGAGCCUGAUAUGAUGACAUUUUUGGCCCAUUCUGGCGUCUUACGAAAGAAAUCCCCAUACUUUUACACUGCUUUGUCAAGCACAUGGGCAAGAAGAGAGGUACUCGAUAUUCUGAUAGCUGCAGACGAAUUAUUGAUAGAGAAUGACCUUCCUUCAUCUAUUCAAGAACAUCUUAUACGCGAUAAAUCUGAAUGGUUACAAAAUCAUUUUGACCUUGUUUUACAUACAGUAUUUGAGCGAGAUGCAUGUAAAGAACUACGUUCCCAUUGUAUGGAUAAAAUCUGUUGGGAUCCAAACGUUGUAUUCAAAUCUCCUGAAUUUUUAGACUUUGAUAAUAUUCUUCCUUUAACUUUAAAAAAUGAUAUAAUAACUUUUCGUGAAAGUAAACAUCUUCCAAAUUCUAUGUUACCUCCUCGUAAUCCAAUAGUCUAUAUAGAUAGUAAUAUAAUUUUACCUCAACAAGCGAUAAAGAUUCCAGAAUGGAUUAAUCAAGUACAAGCUCAAAAAAAACCCGUUUCUGUAUCUUCACUUCAACCUGGAAACGAAGCUAUAUAUGAUGAUCCUGCAUUUGGUCCAUGUUUCGGAAAAACAGAUCUAGACAUGCGUAGACAUUUUAAUGAAAAAGACAAUUGUUCUGCUAAAAAACGAUGUUAUAAGCAUACUAUUAUUAAUUCUACCAAAUUUGCUGUGGAAGAUUAUGAAGUUUUUCAAGUUUUUUGUCACAUGGAUAUAAAAUUUGAAAGAACUAUUUAA